AUGGUGGAGCUGUCUCGUCUCAUUAUUGAUUUAUCAGCACCACGGGGGUCAAGCACCAGCAGCAUUAAUUCAUUAAUUCCCCAAGAUCAAUUUUCCCUGCAUUACAUCACUACUGCAGAUGCAAUACAUUCAAUUAAAUUAGCAGGUCGUGGUUCCUGGUUAGCAAAAGCAGAUAUAUCAGACGCAUUUAAAGUAAUGCCAAUCCAUCCAUCUCUCCGUCACCUGUUUGGUAUAUGCUGGCAUGGGAAGUUUUAUUUUUCCACCCAAUUGACUUUCGGCUGCCGCAGCAGCCCAAAAAUAUUUGAUACCCUGUCGGAAGCACUAUGCUGGAUUCUUCUUAAUGUCUAUCAUGUCCCAUUCUUGCUCCACUUGCUGGACGAUUUUUUAGUAAUUUCUCCUCCUUCAGAUGCACCAGCAGAAGCGAUUUCCAAUCUUAAAAGCUUAUUUUCUGAAGUUGGCGUUCUGCUUUCAGAAGAGAAAUCAAUCGGUCCCCUUCAUUCUUUGGAAUUCCUUGGAAUCAUUCUAGAUACAGAAAAGUUUGAAGCUAGCCUGCCUGAGUCUAAACUUAACCAUAUUCGUUUGCUCAUUGAGGAUUUUCAGAUCAGUAAAACAAUUAAAAAAUGGGCAUUGCUUUCAUUGCUGGGUUAUUUUAACUUUGCAAUACGUAUCAUUCCACAGGGGAGGACGUUUAUAUCUCGACUGCUAGCGCUGGCAUCAACAGAAAAAAAAAAAAAAAAUCUGGACUCCUAUAUAAAUAUCUCCUCAGACGCUAGGAAAGACAUUAAAAUGUGGUCUGCGCUUAUUCAGCACUGGAGCGGUCUCUCUAUGUUUUAUGAUAAUUUCAUUUCAGCGCCACACGAUAUGGCUUUAUUUACUGAUGCCUCAUCUCUGGGAUUCGGAGGUCUAUUUAACAAUCAAUGGUUUUGCAGUACAUGGCCUGAGGAAAUGGAAAACAUAUCUCCUCAUCUAAAAUCCACAGCUCUGCUAGAGAUAUACCCAAUGGUAGCAGCUGCCCAGCUAUGGGGUCAUCUCUGGUCUAAGAAAUCAAUUCUAUUUUACUGUGAUAAUUCAACUACAGUGCAUAUUAUAAAUAAAGGACGUUCCUCUUCCCCUCUUAUCAUGCAAUUGCUACGGCGGCUAGUAUGGAUUUCAGUCUCUAAUAAUUUCCUAAUACAAGCUCGCCACCUACCGGGCAUUUUUAAUAAUGCAGCUGAUGCUCUU